AUGGCUAAUGCUUCCCACUUUGAGAAGCAUGAUGAUGCAAAUGUUGUGAUUGAUCUAGAGGAUGGUAGCUCUGAUGAUCAAGAGGAAAGCUUGACUCAUCACAUAAAGCCAAGUCUGGCUAAACGCAUGAAGACUCGCAAAGGAAAAUCUGUGGCUGAACUUAUGUUAGCUAGAGAAGCUAAGAAGAUUGAUGUCAUUGGUCCCUCCAAACCAUGGAGCAAGGUUGAAAUAAAGAAGAGGAAGGUCAGAGAUGAUUCUGAGCCUGAAGAGGAUGUUGAGGAAGAUCUCCCUGACAUCUCACCUGCGAAGAAAACUACUGUUAGAAAGUCUCCUGUUAAAGUACCUACUGUUCAUUUGGAUAACGUCUCCUUCCAUCUUGAGGAUGGAGCUGCUAAGUGGAAAUUUGUGAUUCAGAGAAGGGUAGCUGUUGAAAGGGAAUUGAGAAAAGAUGUCGUUGAUGUCAAGGAGAACAACAAGGAGUUAUGCAAGGUGUAUGUGAGGGGUAAGUGUGUAACAUUCUCUCCUACUGUUAUUAAUAAUUUUCUAGGCAGAAAUAAUGAGGGUGCAGGAGAAUUAGAGGUUACAGACAAUCAGGUCUGUAGGGAGAUUACAGCUAAGCAGGUGAAAGUUUGGCCCUUUAAAAAGCAUCUUCCUGCUGGGAAGUUGACUAUCAAUUAUGCUAUCAUGCAUAAAAUAGGAGCUGCUAACUGGGUCCCUACCAACCAUAUCUCCACCAUUGCUAAUACUCUUGGGAGGUUUAUUUUUGCUGUUGGGACAAAAGUGAAAUUUGACUAUGAUAGAUAUAUGUUUGAUCAAAUCAUCAAGCAUGCAACUACUAAUGCAGUUAAGCUUCCAAUUUCUUUUCCCUCUAUGAUCUAUGGAAUUAUCUUGAAUCAACAUCCUGGUAUUCUGUGCUCAAAUAAUUUACCUAGUAGGAGAAAACCAACUCUGUUUGUGUACUACAAACUCUUUGAAGGCAGUCAUGUCGAGGAUAUUGCCAUGACAUCUGCCAUGAGGAGGCCAGUCUCAAAAGUUGGAGCAAUUGCUGAGCUUAAGGAAACAUGCAAAGAGCUAGGUGAAGGGAUUAGGGUAGCCACAACUAGAAAACAAUCUUGGGAAGCCUUGAUUGAAAGCUUGGAGCAGGCUAAGGGUGAAAAUGUUGAACAUGCUAAUGUCAGCCGUGAAGAAGAAGCUGAAACCCACACCUCUAGUGAGAGGUCUGCUAACAAUGAUGAUGCGAGUGGAAAUUCUGCUUCUGGUGUUGCUGAAGAGGUUGCAAACUCAAGCUCUACUGAGUAG